GUGCCUUGCAUCCCGCAUUUCUGUUGUGUAGAGCCAUUCUAAACAUUCCUUUGAAUUAGCGAGAGUUCACUGCACUCGGCACAGUUCCAAGGGACUCUUAAUGCGCUGAUCAUGUUCUUAGGGCCUAGAAAGCAUAUAAUCAUUCUAUACAGACCCAUAUUGUUCAGUUUCCUUAGCAAUACUGAGACUUAUAUUGUGACUUGUGAGUCAUAUAAAUGCAAAAUUGAAGGCAGCAGUUAACGCGGAGUGCAUACUAUAUGUGUACUUGCUCAUUUAGUAGUAAUUUCUCACUUUUGUGGUACUUUUCGGCAUUCAUUACUUUCUAUCGGUUCACCGUCGCAGUGUCCGUACAUGCUAAACACGGUUGUUCUUUAUGGAAGAUAUGUUCUAUGGAAUGAAUUCUACUGCUCCGACCUUCGCUUCCGUAUUAGAAGGUUUUUGUGCGAAUAACAGUAUCAUUAACAAUGAUAACGAUCAUCAACUACUGUUGGAAGAAUCUAUGAGAAUGCUGAUCAGCACAGAGACAUCAAUGAUCUUUGGAUCUAAUGAUCACAAUGAUGAGGUAUAUGAUGCUAUCAAAGCAAAGAUUGCUAGUCAUCCUCUUUAUCCAAGCUUGGUACAUGCUUUUCUACAAUGUCGUAAGGUCGGGACACCACCAGAGACAUGUUCGCUUAUUGACAAGGUCUCCAUCCAGCAGCAGCAACAACGUACUUUUAUUACUAGCGGUGAUAAUUACCCUGACCCUACCGCUAACCCAGAUUUUGAACUCGACCAAUUCAUGGAAUUAUACUGCCUGGUUUUACGCAAUUACAAGGAUGAAUUGUCCAAGCCAUUCAAGGAAGCAACGACUUUCUUGACCGAUAUCGAAAGACAGCUUACUACACUGCUACUUUAUAGUGACACUACAUCAACCACCUUGACAACUACUACUGCUACUUCUUCCUUCAAUUAUCCUCCGGCAACUACCACAAUGUCUUCGGAAGAAGAAAGCUGUUAUUCUUUGGAAGCAUUAAAAAGUGGUACCAGUGAAUUAAAUGCUAUGUCGUCUAUGUACAUCGGGGCAGAUAGGGGGCUUAAAGACAUCCUCCUGAACAAGUAUGGUGGUUAUCUUUGUGAUCUCAGGAAAGAGUUUACCAAGAAAAGAAAGAAAGCAAAACUACCCAAGGAUUCCAGAACCACAUUGCUAGACUGGUGGAAAACCCACUCUAGAUGGCCUUAUCCCACGGAAGAGGAGAAAAUGAAGUUAAUUGAAGAGACUGGACUAGACCAUAAACAGAUUACCAACUGGUUUAUCAACCAGAGGAAACGACAUUGGAAGCCAUCUGAAGACCCACACUUUCAUCGGUUGCUCUCAUCAUGAAUGGCUGGGUAGCUACAAUAGCAACGUAAAACAAUUUUUAUCCGAGCAUGGAAAAUCAACUUACUUGCAGAUAUAUGAAAGGGAAUUCCACAAAAAAUAUUGUUCACUUUCUUAAUUUUCCAGAUAAAUUCUAAUCAAUCUUCUGAUACCUAAAGUCAAAUAACCCUAUGAAAUUUGAAACGACAUAUAGAGAAAAUAUGUUCCAAGGCUUGUUUUUUUCUGCAAAGUCAGAACUUACAAAUGAUGCGACACUAAGGACUAGAUGU